CAAAGACGGUGGCUCCCCGGAAGUGUGUUCCUGCCGCUGAGGAAGGCCGGGUGCCGCCGUGACUGGCGAAGAAGGCCUCGUCGCGAUGCCGAAGUACUACGAAGGGAAGGAGGAGGACCGGCGGGCGUGCGCCGGGGUGCGCGAGGAUUUGAAAUACUGCCUGCUGGAGUGUCCCUGCGUGAUCGAGGAAGGGAAAAGCCCCAGACAGUGCUUGAAGGAAGGACAUUGCAGAGGUUUGCUAAUUUCCAUGUUUGAAUGCAGAAGAUCAUUGUUGGAUAACAGAACAAGAUUCAGAGGAAUAAAAGGAUAUUGAAGUUCCCCAUUAAGAAGCAAUCUCGGCUGUAUUGUUGGCAGAUUAAAGGACCGGAAUUCUCUGGGUUUCUCUGGAAGCCAUUCCUGGCUGUGAUAGCACUGAAUGACUGGCACAGCUGAGUACCAAAGGUACUGAAAUGAAAAUCAAGUCUGGCAGUUUUGUGGUAACCGUAUUGUAAAUAAAAUAAUAUUUAAUUUCAACUGACCUCCUUAAUCUUGGGAAUUAUUUUUUUCUAGGAACUUAAUUAUUGUAUAGGUUGAUUUACUUUCAAGAUAUGUAAUAUUAUUGUUCUCGCCUUUUUUUUGUUUUUUUAACAAGUGUUCUCCAAAAAUGCCAAAUUAAGUAGACAGAUCAUUCUCAUAAGAAAUUUUCGUUGUAGUUCUAGAAAGGAUAUACAAGUGUGGAAUCAGUACAGUACAAUUCUAAGCUGGUACCUACUGGAGUAAAUGUGUGUAUUUGGUAUAAAAAUCCAUGUAUUUUCCAAAGCAGAUCCAGCAAUUGAUGUGUGCAUGUAGAACUCAGUCAUUUUCUGCAAGACUGCAAUUUCAUUCUAGAAUUCAUUUUAACAUGGUUAAAAAAUGCAAAAACUGCAAUACUUUGCAUAUGUGGCUUUCAGCUAGAAAUGCCUGAAGCUGUGAAUGCCUACAUAUCUUGGGGAUAGCAGUCUGGAAAAGGCUAGCUUAAAUGUUUUACUUUUUCCCCAAAGCAUAUUGUUGCUCAGUAAUACCUCAGUUCACGAACGAUUCUAUUCACAA